AUGCCAUUUAUUGCACCCCCAUCAACAUGCCUCGACUUUGGUCUCGGAAAACCGGAGAAUAAGGACAAGAAACUAUUGCGAUACACCUCGUUGAUCGCACAAUUGACAAUGGAUGGCCCUACUACAAUGAUCCAAAUACAAAGCCGACUCCUGUCAAGAGAGAUUCUCUACUGUCAAAGAUUGAGAAAACCGUAUCAACUGCUUGAUGCCGAGACGGAGCUUUGUGAGAUGGAGCACAGCAGGAAUCAACUGUUUCAUGAUCUCGAAAUUAAAUUGGAGGUAACGAUUGGAAAGCCCAGUCCUUCACCGUUUCACCAUAACGAGGGUAAGUUAUCAAUCGAGAAGCGGCUGCAAGCUGUGGAGCAGCACACAGAGGAUAUGGACGGAAAAGUGCAAGAGAUCAUCCGAUUGGCUGAGGCAAUUGCUGAGAUUGUUGGCCUCCAAGAGCACAAAAUCUCGGAGGUCGUGCAAAACGCGAAACCAGAUCGACGAAAGAAAACUUUGCGGCGACAAAAUACACUCGCCGAAAUCGAGUGGCAUCAA